CACCCUCGUUCUCAUCCUCUAUCCGAGGCAAAACAGCACAGCCUCACAUGGACCCAAGACUUUACCGUCGCAUCAAGACUCUUUAAAUAGUUCAGUUCGGAAACACAAAGAAGUGGUUUGAUCAGAGCGGUUAACGGGAUCCUGCGUGCGUUUUGAGUAAAGCGGUUAUUUAAGAAGAGCGCAGUUGGGCUUUUAGGAGUAACGUUAACGUACAGACGAGUGUUAUCCACGAUUUCUUUGCUAAAGACUUCUUAAGAGGAAUAAUGAGGAACAUUUGGAUAUUCCUGACAUUUGCAGCAGUUUUCUUCCUUUCCAGCGACAGGGUGCUGGUUUCAGGUCAGUCCCCCGCUGAUGAUCUGUAUCUGGAUGGGCAGCAGUCUGGUGACUACCCUUUAGAUGAUGAUGACUUCACCUCUGGUUCAGGAUCUGGUUUCAGUGAUACAGACGAUGAUGAGGAUACUUCCACAGUAAAUGUGCAGUACCCAGAAUUCAGUGCAGGUUCCACACAGGAGCCUUUCUACACCAGCAGCCCCGGUCUGGAGUCCUCGACGUCCAGAGAGGUGGAGAGAAUCGACAUCGAGCCGUUCAUUGACACGGACCUGGAAACAGAGUUUUCUGAAUUUCAGACAGAAAAGCCCCAGGUCACUGUUGAAGCCACUAGCUCACCGAGUGCUGUACAAGAUGCUGACCAACUGCAUGAGGUUCGCACAGAAAAUCUCUUCCAGAGGACAGAAGUGCUGGCAGCGGUUAUAGCCGGCGGAGUGAUUGGCUUCCUGUUUGCCAUCUUCCUCAUCCUCCUCCUGGUGUACCGUAUGAGAAAGAAGGAUGAGGGUAGCUAUGACCUCGGAGACCGCAAGCCGCCCAGCUCAGCCUAUCAGAAGGCUCCAAGUAAAGAGUUCUAUGCCUGAAUGACCAAUCAUUUCCAACAGCAACAUCCUUAUGACAACCAUCUCCUCUCCAAGAAUAACCUGGGUCGGUUGCACCUUGAAGAGAAGUUUUUACGGGGAGCCUGUACUUAUUUAAAAAAUGUAACAAAAAGUAAUUUUGCUUCACAAAGCCAACCAAGGUUUCUAUUUCUGUUUUGGGAUCAAAAAUGGCAAACAUUUUUUUCUAUGGCUUUUGAAUUGUUGCAAAACAAAUGUUUGAAAGUCAUUUCUUCGCAGGUUAUAGUCAUUGACUACUUUGUAACAGUAGACGUAUGUUAUGUUGAAGAACAAGACAAUUCAGAGAUGGAAAUUAUGGGUUAUAAAUGUUCUCUAUCUGGUACCUUUAAUUUUUUACUGAUUACAUUUCAGUAACUUGUGAUCUCAAUGUUGACUUGAUUAAUAAUUUAGUUUUCAUCUCAGUGCAGAUGAAAAAGCUUUCUGUUUUUGUAAACAUGUUCUUUCUUCUGUGUGCCAUUAUCUUUGGUUCUUUUCUGUCAACAUGAAUGUUUGCAUUUUGCCUGGCCAAUAAUCAAAGCAUUCAAAAAAAAACAGCAUUUAUGUUUAGACAUGUUUUGUCAUUUCAUGUAUUUUAUAUUUUUAUUGUAAUGGGUACAGUGUUGAAGUCCCUGAAAGUUCAAAUUCUACUUAGCUUGAAGCCAAGAACACAUUCCAAUAUGCUUGCACUCUCUCUCUCUCUCUCUCUCUCUCUCUCUCUCUCUCUCUCUCUCUCUCUCUCUCUCUCUCUCUCUCUUUCUCUCUCUCUCUCUCUCUCUCUCUCUCUCUCUCUCUCUCUCUCUCUCUCUCUCUCUCUCUCUCUCUCUCUCUCUCGCUCUCUCUCUCUCUCUCUGCCUAAUGCAGGAUCUUUCUUAAAUACAAUCUGAAUACUUUAUUAGGUUUAAGCAUGAAAGUUGAUCAUUGCACAACAACUCUUUAAUACCUAGUUACCCAAUAGUUACAGAAAAGCAUCUUCCGUGAGUGUUUUUAGAUGAAGUAUUGUACAAGUUUGGUAGGUUGCACAGAACGUUCAUGAGUUAAAGUGAAAGAUGGCAGUAUUACUGAUUUCAACGCCCACACGUGUUUCCAAUCGACACAUUUUCAACGCUCACUGUUGACUGAAUGACUUCAUGAAGGCCCUUUUUCUUUCACAAUAUUAACCUUCGUGUGGAAGCGGAUUUUAAAAUGAACUUUCUCAUGUUCUGCUGAAUGUCUAUGACCUUCCAAAGACUCAAAGAGUGUUGGUAACAUUGAUGGUGAAUAAUAGUGUGGACCACAUGCUCAUUUUUACUCCCUCCUUAUCAUGUGCAUUUCCUUUCAAGACCUGACCAUUUAGUCGAUGACGUCUCUGUAUAUGUUAAUAUACGAUAAUUUAUAGAAUAUAAUUAUUUAUAUACUACAUAUUAUAUGUAAUAUGUUAGUUAAAAUCUAUGAAAAUGUAUAUUCACAAAUGUUUUAGAAACCCUUGAAGUGCCUACUGUUCUGAAACAGAUCUACAGGGAUUUGAGGACAUUUGUGCAUCAGAACGAUGUUAAAAGUUGGAACUGGAGAAAUGUGAUAAUGUCACAGAAUUACAGAAACAGUAUUGUAUUUCAAAACACUACUGAAUAAACAUUUUCUCAUGGUAUUUUAAUUAUGGUUCUUCUUGCACUUCAACCUGAACACACCCUGAAUAUAGCACAUCCCUUUAGAGAUUAUUCUCGAUCUAUUCUAUCACUCUGUGUAUGCAUGCGUGCAUGAUAAGUCACUACACGCAUGCCAAUUGUCUCUCAACUCUCUCUCCAGACCAUCGAACACAAGCUGUAGUGGAAAUGUAACACCUUUGAAGAAGAUUGCUCUGGGAUUUGUUCUUAGAUGUUAGAGCUGUGACAGGAAAGUAUACUGAACGCGCAAGAUGCCAUUGACAAACUGUUUGUGGAUCUCACACGUACACCAGCACACAGACAGUCUAACUCGAUGUAUGCAUGAAUAUACAUACAAAACAUACAGCUGCAUUUUCCAUUUCAGAAAGGGCACUUUUUAAAGCAAGUUUCUGUAAGAAAGAUUUAGUCAGAUAUGUCUUAAAAUGCAUUGGCAUUUAAGGCUACAUUAUUUUCAAAAUUAAUACAGUUGUAUGCUGUAAAAAAAUCCUGUAAAAACAGUGAUAUUCUGGCAGCUCGGGCGUCAGAAAAAUACGGUAAAAUAACAGUUUUUGUAAAGUAAAAUGACAUUUUUACACCCAUCUUGUAAAUACUUGCAGACUAUUUUUGUAAUUUGAC